GAAGAAGGCGCCGAGAAACCCACUUCCCCGUCUGGAAUCGAAAAUGUCGAAAAAGCUACUGCUCCUCCUGAAUUGGAAGAAGGCAUCGAGAAAGCUACAUCCGCCCCUGAAAUCGAAGGAGUCGAAAAAGCUACUGCUGCACCUGAAUUGGAAGAAGGCGUCGAGAAACCCACCUCCGCCCCUGGAGAGGAAAAUACCGAAAAAGCUACUGCUGCCCCCGAAUUGGAAGAAGGCAUCGAGAAAGCCACGUCUGCCCCUGAAAUCGAAGGUGUCGAAAAAGCUACUUCUGCUCCUGAAUUGGAAGAAAGCAUCGAGAAAGCCACAUCUGCCCCUGGAACUGAAGAUAUCGCUGGCGCUCCUGAAUCGGAAGAGGGAGUCGAGAAAGUUCCCUCCGCCUCAAGACCCGAAGAUAUCGAAAAGGCUACUACUGUUCCUGAAGUCGAGGAACCCGAAGGCGUUCAGAAAACCACAUCCGCUCCUGGAAUUGAAGGUGUUGAACUGGCUACAGCUACCCCUGAUGCCGGAGCAUUCGAGAAAGCCACUGCUGUUCCUGAAGGCGAAGAAAGUGAAAAGGCCACUAUUACCCCUGAAGUUGGAGAUGUUGAUAAAACCCCAGCAGCUCCAAGUGUCGAUGAAAUUGAAAAGGUUACUGUCGCCCCUGCUGCUGAGACAGAAGAAGUCGAAGGAAUCGAAAGGACGACUGGAGCUCCGAUUUUGGAUGAGUUCGAAAGGACUACCACUCCCUCUGUUUCUGAACAUGUGGAUGAAUUCAAAAAGACCUCUGUUGCACCUGCUACUGAAGGUAUUGAAAAUGUUGUUACAACUUCUGCAGCUCCAACCGUCGAUGAAGAAUUCGAGAAGGCAACAGGCGUCACUCCCUUGGAGACUGGAAUUGUUGUGGAUAACGAGAAAGGUUCCCCUGUCGACGAAGAUCGGGAGGGUGUUACUAUUGUUCCUCGCCUGGACUUGGACCUUGAAGAGGCGACCGUUGCUUCUAUCGCGCCAGAAGGUAUGCAAGAGAUUACAACGCAACAUCCAGAAAUUAGUAAGACAAAAGCUUCCCCAGCUCCUGGUGUAAUAGCUGAUUUAGAAUCAGAGGAGGAAGGCGAAGGCUCCGUAGAAUCAGAGGAAGAAACUUCAACUAAACACACAGUACAGCAUAUUGCCGAAUUUGUUACGGAUCAUGGCUUGCCAAGCACAACCGAAAGUGCAGCGAAACCAUCGAAAACUCAUGAUUUCGAAGCUUCAGGCGAGGAAGGGGAAAGUAUAGAGGAUAUUACAGUUAAACCUACCUCGGGACCACAAUUAAUUGGAGAAGACAUGGUUUCAGUCACGGAACCAGCCGAUACUAACAAGGAGUCAGUCACGGAGAAACCUGAAGAAGAAGAACAAAAACAAAAAGGUGAAGUCACCAGUGAAGCCAAACCUGAGGACAAAGAACAAUCAACAACAAUCAGAUCUCAUUUCGAAGUCGGCGAAAUUACAACGGCUAAGCCUGAAAGCGAAAAACAAAAGGAGGAAGAUCAAAUCACACCUUCCCCCGAAACUGAAGCUGAAGGAGAAAGACAACCAACCACAAUUAAACCUGGAGUUGAAUCUGACGAGAAGAUACAGCCUCCCACGGCUAUUCCCGAACUUGAACCUGAAGAAGAGAAACAACAAGUAGCAGCUCAGCCUGAGUCUGAGUCUGAGGCAGGCGACGGAACACAACCCACGACACUGAAUCCUGAUGUCAUAGCUGGAGAAGAUUCACAAGCAGCAACAACAGCCACUCCUGAAUCCGAAUCGGAAGAAGACAAAGAAUCCGAAUUGCCAGAAAAGAAACCCUCCGCCACAGCUGCCCCUGAAAUUACGACGGACGAAGAAAAACAAACAGUGACGGCGAAACCAGAAUCAGAGGGUUCUGAAACUCAACCUCAGGAAGAAGAACAAACAGUGACCACGAAACCAGAAGCAGAAGAAGAGAAGGGACAUACCACUGUAGCUCCUGAUGUUGAAUCUGAAGAAGAGGAGCAACCAGAGACAUCUAAACCUGACGGUGAAGCGGAUGAAGAGAAACAAUCUGCCACAGCUGCCCCUGAAUCUGAAUCUGAUGAGAAACCACAACUAGCAACAGGCAAACCGGGUGGAGAAGCGGAAGACGAGAAACAACCUGCUACAGCCGCCCCUGGAGCUAAGUCCGAAGAGGAAAAACAACCAGCGACUGUCAAACCGGAAGGAGAAGCGGAUGAAGAGAAACAACCUGCCACAACCGCCCCUGAAGCUGGCUCUGAUGAGGAAAAACAACCAGCAACUGCCAAACCCGAUGAAGAAGCAGAAGAAGAGAAACAACCUGCCACAAGCGCCCCUGGAGCUGAGUCCGAAGAGGACAAACAACCAGCAACUGUCAAACCGGAGGAAGAAGCGGAAGAAGAGAAGCAAUCUACCACAGGCGCGCCUGAAGCUGGAUCUGACGAGGAAAAACAACCAGCAACAAUAAAACCCCAGGCCGAGGAAGAGAAAGAACAUAUCACAGUUGUCCCAGGAACUGAAUCUGAGGAAGAUCAACAAGCAGUGACGGCCAAGCCGGAGAUUGAAACCAAAGAUGGAGAAAAGGAGGCUGUCUCAUCCACUCCAGUUUCUGAGGCCGAGGCCGACCUCCAACCAGCUACAGACAAGCCUACACUUGAAGCUGAAGAAGAGAAACUGGCUGCCACAGUUGCACCUACGGAUGAAACUGAAUUUAAGAAAGAACAAGGAGCAGUAACAGCAACUCCUGAAACUGAAUCUGAAGUUGAAGAACCACUAGUUACAAUCAAACCUGCAUUCGAAACUGAAGAAGGCAAACGUCCAACAACCGAAAAACAAGAAGCCUCCGCAGAGGUCGCCAUCAGUUCUACCGAGAAGACCUCAGCCGAGCAAACAGAUGUCAGCACAGAGGAAGAAAAGGAAAGCAUCGCAACAACAGUUCACCCGCUAUUCCCACACAUUGUCACAACACUGCCAACACCAGCGAUCGACAGCCGGAUCGACAUCGCCAAUGCAACAUCACAACCCGAACUUGCAACAGAAACAACAACGCCGACAAAUCUCAUCAGCAGCGAUGUGCUCAUUACCACACAGCCAACAAUCACACACUAUCCACCACCAGCACCUGUAUACGGUCAGUAUCCAUCCUACAACGAUGAAUAUCCCGACGAAGACGAGUCAGAAGUAUUCGGUCCUGGCACUUGCCGUUAUGGCGGCAAACUUUACGUCUCAGCGCAGCAAAUACCACGAGACGAUCCUUGCGAUUUCUGCUUCUGCUUCAGAAGUGACAUCAUUUGCUUGCAACAAUCUUGCCCGCCACCAAUUUCCGGCUGUCACGAAGAACCUAUCUCGGGCUUCUGCUGCCCACGAUACGAGUGUCCCGUGUCGAUGGCAACCGUACUGAAUAUCACCACCAGUACGACAACGACGAGCACAACACUGCCGCCACAUUUCCUGCAUCACUCAUAUGGCGGAGCGGUGCAACGAAAUGGCUGCCUAAUCAAUGGCAGAUCGUACAAGGUCGGCGAGAAGAUCGAAUCGACGAGCGGUCCAUGCAUCAAUUGCACUUGCGGUGGCGAUGGAAAAAUGAAAUGUGAUCCACAGGCGUGCGUGCCCGAACCGACGAUGCAGCAAGUGAUGGCUGUCGUUGCGACCGGCAGGAAAAGAUGAAAUAAUCGCUAAGCAUAAACGCUUACAAAUACAACACAGCAGAUACAAUCACACCACUCACAAUUAAAAACCAAGAAAGACUAGUGAACAAAAAGAAUCUGCAAUCCCGGUGCCAAAACCACAAUGAAAUAUUACAAGUUACAUAUUGUAGAGGAGGAGAAAGUUGUAGAAGAAAGCGAUAAUUGCAUGCAAAGUUUUCGAGGGGAAAAUGAGUUAGGCACACAUACAUACAUGCAUACAGACAUAUCGGCGUGUGUGUUGUUGUUAGUGGGGCUCCUUUUUUUUCUUUGAAUGCAUACACCCUUAUUAAUUAUACGAUAUGAUGCCGAUGAUGAUAAUGAUGAUGAUGACGUAGAUGUAAACUAAACAUAUUUAUAUAAAAAAAAAUUAAAAAUCAGCUAGCAUACGAGCAAACAACCAGUGAUAUUGUGCUGUAUACCUAGUAUAGGUGCAAUUAACAAUUUUUGUAAUUAAGGACGCACUUACUUAAGCGAACUUUUUCGUUUGUAAUUUUGUAAUUGUAAAAAAAAAAAACAAAAAACGACAAAACAAAAUAGGAAACAAAAAAA